CUACAGGGGGUCGCCACACUGGGAGGGGAUACGGUCGGAGAAGAAGGAGCAAUGGUGGAUGCGAUGCUAUAAGAAGGUGCGAGAGUGGUCGGAGAUUUCGGCGGGACCGAAGUGGAAGACGUUCAUACGGCGGCUGAACUACGGCGGAGGAGGAAGAGACCGCCCGUACAUGAAGAACGGAGGGUUCCGCUACGAUCCAAUGAGCUAUGCGAACAACUUCGACGAAAGCGCGGUUAAAAACGACGAUGACGCAGUUGCCGCGAUCUCGUUUUCUGCUCGAUACGCUUCCCUUCCGAACUCUGCAAAGUCGUCCAUGGAUCUCGGUAAGGACGCGCCGGAUUUUUCGUGAUUGUCACGUGCCGUCUGAUGGGGAGGAGUAGGAGAAGGGGGACGGGAGAGAAGUCGGUUAGUUUUAUUUCUUUUUUUAUUAUUAUUUAAUUUAUUGUAAAUUGUAAAUUUAUAUGCUGGGAAUAAAAAAUUAAUACAGUAGUGAGAA